AUGGGUUGCUCAUCCUCCAACUCGGAACCGUCAGCACAACAAGCUCGUCCAGUACAGAUCGGUCGACCGCAAGACAUCACUUUGCAUGUACCUCGAAGGCAAAAAGAUGCUGAAGGCGCCGAACUGCAGGUGGUCGACCAAGAAUUGACCCGACAAAACAUCCACCGCGCGCUGCAAUACACGGCUCAGUAUCUCAAUGAACGACGCCAGAACCUGACCCUUGUCACCGUAGGUGGAGCAAUCAACACCAUGUACUUGCGCAGCAGACAGACCACGCAUGAUGUCGACUUCUUUGGAGCGCAUCUCAACCAACGCCAACUCCAAAUGAUCGACGAAGCCAUGCAGUACGCUGAACGGAUGAGUUCAGUGCCCCUUGGAGGAGCCUGGCUGAACAACGAGAGCCGCUGCACAUGGCUCCGGAUGCUAGGCGAUACAUCACAGACCGUGCAACUCGAGCAGGACAUGGUUGUCUUCAAAGAGCCAGGCUUAACGGUGGUUGCUGCGCCAUGGAGCUACUCCUUUAUUUCGAAGUCUCAACGCCUAGGAAGCCAGUAUGAGCGCCCAUAUGAUCUCGACGACGCCGUAGCCUAUCUGGCCGAAUGGAAUAGGCGCAUGGGCAAUGAAGUCGCCACUGCAAGGAUGAUCCAGGACCUCUGCGCUAGAUAUCGCCAGCCAAUGAUCGCGGAUCCGGUGCUGCGACGUGUUAAUGAAAGGUAUCGCACCCGUCACAGACGAGAUGGUAUCAGGACGUAA